AUGGAUAAAACAGAAGUUAAGGGCAUGUUAGAUGAUCUUAAAUCUUCAACUUCAAAAAUAAUCAUAGAGUCUCUAUUAAGAAUUAAGUCAAUGAUUGUUAAUUCUGAGAGAGGAAGUAGACUCUUCAGGGAAUGUAAUGGUUUUCCUUACCUGGUACAACAUUUGCUGAAACCAAAUGAAAAUAUUCUGAAUCUAACAUUAAGUAUCCUGGGGGACCUGUGUCUGGAACAGAAAAGCUGUAUUGCUAUUGGAAAAUUGAAUACAUAUGGACCUUUGGUAACGAUAUUAAAUACGGUAUGUCGCGAUAGCAUUCUAGGGAGGACAUCCCGUUUAAUCGGUAAUUUGGCACGUGACAGGAAGAAUGCUGAAAAAUUUUUCGAUCACGGCACAGUCAAAGCGCUGAUGGCAAUUAUUGAUAAUAGGGAUAAAAAAACCUCGUACGCAACCCUCAUUAUGGUCGUAAGAGCUAUUCGGAAGCUGUGGUCGGUGGAAGGGAAGAGAAAUGAAAUGAUCAGUAUGAACGCGAUCCGUUGCAUCGCUAUAUUGAUGACUUCUGAAUGCGAGAUAAUGGGUUACAUUAAAUCCUCUGAUAGCGAUAAUGACGUCGAUGAACCUACCAGACUCCAAAUGGACUUUAUGGGUGGAAUUUUAAAAUGCAUAUGGACUUUCACUUCCCACCCUGUUUCAUCUUGUGCUGAACAGAUCCAAGGCGACGGUCGUGGCUAUCAGAGCCUCGUGGUAUUAACAAAAACAAACACUACGAUAGCCAUGAAGUGUUUGACGAACCUGUGUUUCAUAUCAUCAUGCCGGCCUCAGCUCGGUAUGGCGGGAUUCGUUGAAUGUCUCAUAGAAAAUCUGAAGAAGGAAAAAGACCCAACAUAUUGGCCGGAUGGGUCACCAAUGGCUUUGGCCCAACUGAGCGGUGAAUCCGUGAACAGAUCUCGUCUCCGCCGCUGUGGAGGUCUACCUCUGCUGGUCAACGCAGCUAAAAUGAACACGCAUGCGAUGAACGCACUGCUACAAUACGUUUUUGAUGAUUCUUCGUUCCAAAUACUUAUCGGCGAAGGACUUGUCAGUAUAUUGACGGACAAGUUAACAACGUACGUACGUAAUAUGUCGUAUGAGCACAACGUGACGACUGGUUUGAGCAAGGAGCAAACGAAACCUAAAGAAAAACCUGUAGACCAGGGUUUCGUCUACGAUGUAGCUGUUCAAAACUUAUCCGGGGAUAUGUUCUUCCGUCCCGCUUCUGGGUCAUCAAAAAGAAAGAGUCAGCUGCUGUCAGAUACAGGGGAUGAUAUGAAGGUUGUGAUAGAAAGAGACAACAUGAUCGUCGGCUUCGUGGACGCCAUAGAGAGUGAGGCGAGCGAGAGUGAGAGCGAAAAUGAGGAGCGUCCUCCGCCCAAAAAGAGAAAUCUGAAACGAUCCAAGUCCAAGAGCCCGAAGAAUUCCAAAAAGAAGUCAACACACAUAGCAAGUAAAGAUUGGUCGUCUGGUGUGUUCUGGGAGCCAAAAAGUCCAGAGUUGCCGGUACUGCAAUCUAAUCCGUCUACAAGUACGAACAAGGAGCCCCAACUACCAGACCUUAAUGCUCAGUACACGGGCCCGGGCUCCGGAGACAGGGUGCAUGUACAAUGGAGUCCCGAAUCUGGUGUCAGUAUCGGAGAGUUCUAUACACCACCUCAUGCGCCUUGGAGCCCUAACAGAUUAACGCCUUCUCCUAUCAGCUUGAGCAAUGAGGACGAUAGUUCAGAUUCCGAAGCCUCGGGCAGUUAUUCACCGGUCUGCAGUGAUAAUGAUGAAACUAACGAAGGUACUACAAAUAAGACACAAGAUGAAGAGGUCAUUGAAAUAGACGAGGACAGCAAUGAAGAGGAAAGUGAUACCGAAGACCUGAGUAACUUGAACAUACAUUCAAAGGAAACAAACAUAGCGUGUGUGAUGGUACUAUUGUUUCGCGUGUCACACGGUGCUUGCACUACGUGUGGCAGCAUCAGAGAUGACUCCGUACCCAAUCACUCCAUGGACUAUCUCACAACCCGGGAAUGUCUGUAUGGCUUAAUGGAAUAUGUCGAGAAAUGUAAACGCCCCAUGGGCAGGGCAUCCAGAAUACUAGCCAGGGUGUUGAGUAGCGACCUGUGUCUAAUGAGUGUGAUGAGACACAAGCUAGCUUUAAGACUGUAUCGUAUGUCAACUACAUCUAAACACCCACCCACAGAAUGCACUCAAUGUAAACAGAUUAUGAAACUUAGCAAAAAAUUAAUGAAUCAAAUGGGUUCAUUGGCCGAAUCGAGUUAUGGCAUUGGAAAAAUUAGUUAUCACCUACUUAAAGGCAGCCCGUCAAUGAAACAUACAUUGGCAAUGACCUUGCCGUAUAUUGUCAAGACUGAAAAAGCAUUAAAGAAAUAUUUAGUCGACUGCAAUGGUCUGAACAUAUUAAUAAAUCUGAUAGACGAAGGUAAAGAAGAAUUACAAGAAUGUGUCAUAGCACUUUCAAAACUAGCACACAACAUUGAUGUGAAGGAUCCUAAAUUGUUAGAGAAAAGAUACAAAGAAGCUGUCCGGAUGAUGUACGAACCGAACUUGGAUAGUUUAUCCCCCGAAAGUAUCGUGACAUUCAAAUUGGACGAUUCAUCCACUGUUAGAGCGAAUAAAGACUUUUUAUGCCAGCAUUCCGAAUAUUUUAACGCCAUGUUGAUGGGAAACUUCAAAGAAUCCGCUGAGAAUUGUGUCCGUCUGAAGAAUGUCACCAAGGGCGGUUUGGAAUACCUCCUCACUUUGCUGGACUGCGGUCUCUAUGACGCCGAUCGCGAUUUAGAAAUCUUUCCAAUGGCACCAAGUUUGAAGGCGACUCUGGAAGUUCUGCUGCUAGCGGACAGGUUUUUGUUGGAGAAGUUAAAAGAAUUGUUAUUUAGUGCUAUAUUACAGUUCAAACUGAGUCCUAAUACCGCUGACAGAAUAUAUACUUGGUCGUUGAGUGAUGGAAUGGGACUCCUUUGUGUGGAGGCAGUAGCGUAUAUUCUUACAGGGAAGAUGUCCGAUGAAAACAGAUAUCAAUCGUUUAGUAAAAUACUUAAUCUCCAAUACAAGCAGCAGUUCCUUGAAGAUAUUAAGGCUAUGCUAUUGAGGCAAAUGGCGAAAUAA